CCGACGGCAGUAAUGGCGGCAAUGGAAUGAAUGGUUUCCUUCCCUUGAGCUGUGAUAAAUUUAGCCGAGACAGGAGAAAGGUUGAAGAAGAAGAAGAAGAAGAAGAAGAGGAGGCCGCGAGGGCCCAACAAUAUGAUACGUGUAAGGAUAUGAUUCCCGGGCAAAAAGUAGCCACAUCACAUGGGAUUGCUCUUUAAAUACGCACCCUUUUCCGGAAGAGCGCCAUGGCCUCCACCACCAGGGCUGCAUGCCUCGACCUUGGAUUUUGAUAUGCUGCUUUCGCGGAGAGCGAUCGAGGGAGGGGAAAGGCGCGAUCUUGAUGGGUUUUCUCUGGUCAAUUUUGGAGUUUUAAGAUUCAAGUUCGACCUUUUUCGUUCUUUUUUGGGUCAAGCCGAUUUAGGGUUUAACUGGGGUCAACUGGGAUCGAGCGAGAACGCAGUGUUCUGUUCUUGCUCCAACAAUGGAUUUCCUAAAAAGUGUUCCUUUGAUCUGAAAAGAUUGAAGGAAGUGGCGUACUGUGAACAAUCUGUUCGUGUUUUUCGUCGUCUUGUUUAAAUUUCCAAUCUUUUUGAUCGUUCAAAGUUGCGCAGCAGCGGACAAGAAGAUUUCAGUACCAAGCCCUCGCUUUCAUGGCAUCAAGGGUUUGGCGAACGCUAUGCUGAGGAAGAAAUCGGUGAAAGCAAGCCCUAAUGUCUGAUCCCCACUCUUCCAAUAGCAGCUGCUGCAACAAGUCCAGAGCUUUCUCAAUCUUCUCCUCUCCAAGGCUCUUUGUGGGUGUCUCCUCACGUAGCUCCUCGGACUCCGAGGCCACCAUGAGCCCGACCUCCCUACUCGAGACCAAGAGCUUGCCCUCGAUCGGGCGCCAGCUCCUCUCCGAUGCUACCAAAUCCAGUGGCACAGAGAGCAAACUACAUGCUCGAUCAUUUGGCGACACUGACGCCGUCGGGCUCAGCAUCAUCGACGCUCUCAACGAGGAGAAAUCUACUAAAGCUUUCCCCAAUUCGGAGAGCAGAAGGGUGGUGUUUGGGUCGCUUCUCAAGGUCCAAAUUCCUUCCCUUUGCCCCGGCUCAAUGUCGCCAGUCGGAUCCCCGAUAGAGUUUGGCGUCAAGAACAAAGAAUCCCAACUAGCUCUGCUCUCCUCCCCUGCCCAGAGUUCUCUAGGCUUGGAGAUGACGACUUCUUCUUCUUGUAGGGUCUUUGCCAGGAGCAUCUCUAUGAGUGAGAUGGAACUCUCGGAGGACUACACUUGUGUGAUAUCUCAUGGUCCAAAUCCAAGAACCACUCACAUUUUUGACAAUUGUGUAGUGGAGAGCUGUGGGGAUGGGUUCACUGCUUCCAUCGAAACCAACAGCUCUACACCGACUGAUCGCCGAGGCCAUCUUACCAAUGAUUUCUUGAGCUUCUACUAUGCAUGCAAGAAGGAUCUUGGGCAAGGGAAUGACACCUUCAUAUACAGGCUCUGUUUGUUCACUGUCGAGGGGACCAACUCUUCCUGCAGCAUUGAAUCACAGAGCAUUUGUUCUUAUCCAUCACAGUUAGUGCAGUGCGGCAUUCAACCAUACCUCCUCUUUCUAGCCGCUCCUGGAAUCCAUGGCGGCGAUUCGACCGACUGUUCGAUCGAUGAGGAACUAAAGAAACCAGUCGCGAAUCCCGCUCUGAUGCUCAAUCAAUCGCCAUAACUCGCUUCCAGCUUGGUGAACACCGUCAGGUCUAGCGGCGAUGUAAGAAAUUAAACUGUCCUCCCAGAGUAAAACUCUCAACAAUCCCUACUUUAUUAAAGAAAAGGGCAAAGGAGCAAACAAGACCCGAUCGGAUUGGGGCAAAGGAGCAAAAAAGACCCGAUCUUUCAAUCCGAUCGCUUUAAUGCUAGGUCCAGACAAUCGAACUCCGGCUGACAAUUCAAUUGACUAUCGAUCGGCACAGCUUUAGGGUUUAGGAGUUGUGUAGGUGCCGCCGAAUUCGUUGACUGAUCCAAAGCGUCGCCUCACCGGAGCCUUCUGCCUUCCAAUCGCCUUGUUUGCCCACUUCCAAGUCGUAAAUGAGUUUUGCCAUGACUGCUUUUAAUUGAAGGCAUCACGAUGGUCAAAAUCCAACUUUUCCUCUGAGAACAAGCAAAGUGAAAAAUUAAGUACGAUUUGUGGAAAAUGGAAAUACGAAUGCCUUGUUUGAAACAGUAGUGUUGUAAACGUAAAGAGAAAACAAACUACAGAGAUGAGGAUGAGACU